GGCCCGCCCCUUCCUCCGCGCCGCGCCCGCAGCCGCGGUCGGGGAUCCGGGAUCCGGGAACCGGGAGCGCGGCUCCGCCAUGCCGAAACACGAGUUCUUCGUGGACAUGACCUGUGAGGGCUGUUCCAACGCGGUCACCCGUGUCCUGCACAGGCUGGGAGGUGUCAACUUUGAUAUUGACCUGCCCAACAAGAAGGUGUAUAUUGACUCAGAGCACAACGUUGAUACCCUCUUGGAAACCCUCAAGAAGACUGGAAAGAAUGCUUCCUACCUCGGGGAGAAGUCUGCACAGUAGCCUUGCCUGGUGUGAGGAGCUAGGUAUAUACCAGCUGUACCCAGUGUGGAAGAGAGACAGCUGAGCUUUUUCCAGCUCUCCCAGUAAAACAGGCAUCUUCCUGGAAAGCACAAAUUUCAAAAGACCUGCAGGUCCAGCUUGAGCAAACCCCUCAAGUCAGAGAAGCAGCUGGAGCACACACAGGGACCCCUUAGCUAUUCUGCACAGCCUGUGUGACCCCAGCCUUGGCUGUAGUGGAGAUGUAGAACACGGCCUUUGUGCCAUUCCCAUUUGAACCUAGAGUUUGCCAGAGCAUAUUGUGCAUGAAAACAAAUCCCAAACACACUUAACAGCUGGCCAGAGAGAGUGGUGAGCCCCAGCAAUAGCAGGGAGGGUGAUGGGACACAAAGAGCCCUUUGGGUGUGAGAUGCUGUGGGUUGGCUCUUAGCACAAGGACCUCCAUCAGCUGAUUCUCAUGAUAAGGCUGUUAAUCCUCCACCACGCUUAAGGAUGGAAAAACAGCAGCUCCCUGGCACUCUUCUGGAUGUAAAAUGUUGGGUUUCAGAAUACCUCCCAGUACACACAUUCCCUGGCCAACUGUCUACUCCAGUGACAACCUGAUUGUUGCAGCCUGUCAAUUUUCCCAGAAUUCCAGCAUUAUGAAGACAUGUACAAAACUCUGCUGACUGUAAAAUAUAUUGGCAGACAAGGUUCAAUUUCAGUGAAAAGAAUAAAAUGGGAGAGGGCUGCCCACUCACUGCAUGUAUCGUUCUUUAGUGUGCAAAAUUGUUACAUGCCAUCUCCCAAGAAUUUGUUUCUGUCAGUGGAGCUUUCUGAUCCAGUGACAUUUUUUAAUGGUCUAGUUGGAUCUUCACAAAUACCCAGCACAGAUGCACUGAAACCAGUUCAUGCUGAUUUAAUUCCCAGUCAGUAAAUUAAAUCAGGGAUUUAUACCAGCAGGAAUUAAACUGAUACAAGAAAGAGCUGAGCUGAUAGCGAUGUGUGUGCAAUAGAUCUGCAUUGUUUAAUAGGCUGACAACAGAUCUUAAAUCUGCAGUUUGUAUCAUUUGAGUAAGCUCUUGGUGCUUCUUAGAUAUUGUUUAAAGUCAUAGCUGUAAUCAAAUAACCCCACUUAACAGAGGGAGGCUGAUCUGAAUUGAUCAGUGCCUCAAUUAGUUUUCAGUGUAUUUCAGUUUCCUAGUAUUGACUGCAAGGGCUGUUACAGCUUGCAAGGACUUGUGGUCUACGUGUCUGCAGAAAUUAACUAUUACAGCAAAGUCAGUCUCAAAUAAGGGGGAUGUGUCACUUUUCCUGGCCCAGUUUUCCCAUUUCUUUCCUUAUAUGACAUCAAGGCAGCCGGUGAGUCAAUUCAGCUGGCCAGCGUGGCAGAACAUUUCUCUGAAUGCCUUUGUUUUCCUGUUGCAUUUGAACUGAAGCUCUUUGACUUAUCCGAGGAUCUUAAGACCCAAAACAAAGGAGAGCGGGGGGCUGGACUGCCCUUGCAAGAUCACUUCAGCAGUCAGGCUGAAAAUCCACUAAAUUUAAAUUUUGCACACUGCAUAGGGAAUGUUUUUAGGGGCCCAUCUGUAAAAGGAGGGAGGGAAGUUGCAGAUCCUUGGCUCUGAUGGAUAGAUUUCCUUUGGUCCUCUUCCUGCUUGACCGGCAGAGGGCAUCUCUGUAUAACAUUAUCUCCUCUGGGCCUUGCUCUUCUUUCCCCUCCGUUUAUUCAUGUAUUUAUUUAUGUA